UAAUUUUGCGUGUAAACACAUAUUGUUAAUCCGCUAUUUUUAUAACACAACUAGUUGAUGCACAUAGUGGAAACGAAUAGCUGUGAAUUUAUUCAUAUGUAUUUAUAAACUGACAUAAUACAACAAUAAAAAAGCGAACAAAAUUAGACUAUAUAAAAGUAAAAAAAAAAUCAAAAUUCUAAAGUCUAUUAAAAAGUACAAGUUUCGGUUACCUUUGGAAAGUUUAUAUAAUUAUAAAUUAUGACUGGUUCGUUUAGUGUGAAGCUGAAAUCGAAAAAAGGUCAUUUUAUUGUCAAUGACUUGAGCGAGAAUACGACGCUUGCCGAACUUAAAUCGCGUAUUGCGGCAGCUACGCAAAUCAAGGAGCCUCAGCUCCACAUACUGGUCGGUUACCCUCCACGACCUUUGGAUCUCACGGGACCUGAUGAGCAGCAGCAAAACCUUCGAACGGUGGGGAUUAACAGUGGCGAGACCUUGAUAGUCGAGGAGAAGGCGGCUACGGUGCCAGCUGCUACUUCUUCAAACACUGGUCCUGCCUCAAGCGUGAGUACGGCUCAGCAUUCCACAUUGGAAGAUGACGAGGCGCUGGCGCGUCGUCUACAAGCAGAAGAAGAUGCCGAGCACUUGCGUCAAGUAUCCAGCACUAGCAGUUUCGAAAUAAACGAAGGUGCUGGGGAAUCUGUGCCCCCUGGACGUGAUGUAGCUCCUGGACCAAACGGUGACUUCAAUGGCAUAUUGCUAAAGAAGGUGGUCCCGGCGGACAAUUCUUGCUUAUUCACUAGCAUACGCUUUGUUCUCAACGGGAAAGUUGAUAACGAAGGCAGCGAAAUGAUGCGCCAUAUCAUUGCCCAAGAAGUUUCCGCCGAUCCACAGCAAUACAAUGACGCCGUGCUUGGCAAAUCAAACUCCGACUAUUGUGCCUGGAUACAGAAACCCGAUUCCUGGGGUGGUGCCAUUGAGGUGUCCAUAUUGUCCAAUUACUAUGGCAUUGAAAUCGAUGUGGUGGACAUACAAAAUGCAAUCAUUAACCGUUUUGGCGAGGACAAAAACUUUGGCCUGCGUGUAUUCCUGCUUUUCGAUGGCAUACACUACGACCCACUUUACAUGGAAACCUCGCAGAGUGCCGCUCCAGCUACCAUUUUUCCUGUUGAGGAGCUGGGCGUCUAUCAGCAGGCAGAGCAAUUGGCCAACGAGGCCAAAUCUUCGCGGCAAUUCACGAACGUUGACAAAUUCACUCUGCGCUGUCUCCAAUGUGACGUUAUGCUGGUCGGACAGACCCAGGCCCAGCAGCAUGCGAAGGUCACUGGCCAUACGAAUUUCGGAGAAAUUUAAUACGUAUUAAUUUUCGGCACCAUUUAUAUUUUGGCUUUCAUUGCGUUUGCGUACUAUAUACUCACCACUUAAUACCCUAUCAAAUUUAUUAGUAAAAUUUACCAUUUAUUUAU